UUCCUCUAAUCUAGUAGUGAAAGAGUGGUUACUGGGAAGAACACAGUAGAAUACAGCAGACACGGACACGCCACAAGCCUCAGAAAGCUGCAUUGCAAAGUCGUUUCCCACCCCUGACUCUUCUCCGAAGAGAGUCUCUGAAUACUACACACAGUACAACGAUGGAUCUACAAUGGAAUGAUUGGUCUGGGCCCACUGGAACCAUCUGGACUGGAUCACAAACAGGAUGCUUCAUUUUUUUACUGCUUCUGGUCCCUUCUGGAUGCUUCAAUAUUGACACAGGAAAGAUUUGGAGUUAUAAUGCGGGACAAAAGUCCCUCUUUGGACAGAGUGUGAUGCAGUACAAGGAAAAUUCAGAGAAAGGAGUUUAUGUUGUUUCACCGCUAAAAGAAUUUGGGAAGAGGACAUUUGAAGGGAUAUUUAAAUGUGCACUAAAUAAUGGUGAUCUAGACUGCACAAUAGACAACAUUCUAUCAGCGACAGGGCAAGGUUUUCCAUAUCCAACUGUGUCCCAAGCCAGAAGUUCAGAUAGCACUCUGACUUGUCAGCAGAUCAAGGCCCGCAAACAUGGAAGUACUACAGGUGAAUUAAAUGGAGUGUGCUCACUUCGUACUUAUGAAAAUGGGGAUGUUAGGAAUUUUACGUUUUCCAAUCUUGCAAAAACUGUGUAUAGUUUGGUGAUGGAGAAGAACAAGCCUAAUAACUUGAUGGGCAAAGCGGAAGCACUGAAUAAUAAUGAGAUCAGCAGUAACACAAUGGAAAUGAAGAAUGAUCCCAAGGAAAUGAAAAGCUCCAUUAAUGACAAUAGUAACAACAAUAACAACAACAAUGAUGAAGAUGAUGAAGGUGAGAUCAACAGUAACAUAAUGGAAAUGAAGACUGAUCUUGGGGAAAUGAAAAGCUCUAUUAAUGACAAUAGUAACAACAAUAAUAACAACAAUGAUGAAGACGAUGACGGUGGAACGGAGAUCGCCAUAGUCCUCGAUGGCUCAGGGAGCAUAGAACCCGAUGACUUCCAAAAGGCAAAGGAUUUUAUAUCAAAUCUGAUGACAAAAAUAUGGGAAAAAUGCUCUGAGUGUGAAUUUGCAGUUGUCCAGUAUGGAGACAUUAUCCAAACAGAAUUUGACAUUCAGGACAGCCGCAGGGACAGCAGCUACAUCCUACAUAAAGCUGAAGCUAUCAAACAAGUAGGAAAUGUGACAAAAACAGCAUCUGCCCUCCUCCAUGUCCUAGACAACAUCUUCAAUGAAACUCGUGGGUCUAAAGAAAGUGCCACUAAAAUAAUCUUAGUGCUGACAGAUGGAGAUAUAUUCAUGGAUCCUGUGAAUUUAACAACUGUCAUCAAUGACCAGAGGAUAAAAAACAUUGAACGAUUUAUUAUUGGGGUGGGUAAUGUAUUUAAUAAGACUACGGCCUAUAGUGAGCUUAAAAUGAUUGCCAGUGACGAAAAAGAUCAUGUCAUUAGAGUUGAUGACUAUUCAAAACUAGAUGGACUUCUUUCUGCCCUGCAGCAGAGAAUCAUUGGAAUAGAAGGUACCACGGGUGCUUCACUGGAGUUUGAUUUGGCACAAAUUGGACUUUCAGCCCAUAUAAAAGACAAGGAUACUGUGGUACUCGGAGCAGUUGGCGCUUUUGACUGGUCAGGUGGUUUGUUGCUUGCAAGCACAGAGCCAAACAAAGUCAAAUUUCUCAAUGAAUCCUCUGAAAAUGCAAAGAGAGCAGCUUAUGGAUAUUUAGGAUACAGUGUGACCACAGCAAGAGGAAAGCACACAUUCCUUUACAUAGCGGGUGCGCCACGGCACUCCAAUAUUGGAAAAGUCCUGGUCUUUGAGGAAGAUAUUACUACCUAUCACCUAGCUCAGAUUCUGGAUGGAGAGCAGGUUGGAUCAUACUUUGGCCAUCAACUGUGUGCCUUGGAUGUGAAGUCAAAUGGCAUUGUGGAUUUCCUCCUGGUGGGGGCGCCAUUCUACCAUGUCAAAGCAGAAGAAGGAAGAGUCUACGUUUAUAGGCUCAGCGAUGAGGGUAAAUUUGCUUUGGAAUUAAAACUAGAUCAGCAUCAGUAUUCAUAUGCAAGGUUUGGGUACUCUAUAGCUAAGAUUGGCGAUGUCAACCAAGAUGGAUACCAGGACUUUGCCAUAGGAGCACCUCUAGAAGGCUAUUUUGAAGAACCAGAAUCAUUUGGAAGUGUUUAUAUCUACAACAGCAAUGCACAUAGCAUUCACGCCACUCCUUCCCAGAGAAUAAGAGCUACUGACUGUAUGCAAAAGCUGCAAUUCUUUGGCCAGUCAGUAGAUGGCGGUCUAGAUCUUACCGAUGAUGGCUAUGCAGACAUAGCAGUUGGAUCCUUAGGAAAUGUUAUGGUACUUCGAUCUCGACCAGUAGUAAAAGCAAGGGCCUUUAUGAAAUUCCAGCCUGAAAAGAUUCCUCUUGUCUAUAACAAUAAAACUGUGAAUGCCACCUUGUGCUUUGAGAUUACACCUUUCAAGGAAAAAGAAUUUAAAAAGACACAUCUAAAUUAUGAACUGGACCUUGAUGUAUCCAUGAAGGAGAGAAGAAUUUCCUUCAAUACUGAAACUUCUAGCAGCGGAAAACUCUACCUUUUAAGUAGCAAAUGUACACAGCCCAUUACAUUGACAGUAUUGCCUUGUAUUUAUGACUGUUUCAGCAACAUUGUGAUCGAGGUCUUCUACACCAUGACAGCCACCGAGCAAAACCGAGAUCUCCCAUCACCUGUACUGGACUUCUAUGACACAAAUUACGCCUCUGUGGAGCUACCAUAUGAAAAGGACUGCAAUAACAAGACAGAAUGCAUUCCAAGAUUACAUCUGACCACAGUGAUGUCUAGGCAGGAACUCAUUGUUGGAUACACCAAAGACCUAACGAUGACGCUUGGACUUGAAAAUACUGGGGAUGAUUCAUACAUGACAAACGUAACUUUAAUAUAUCCCAAGAAUCUGCAAUUUAAAACAAUUAAACCGGCUAACAAUCCCAGUAUUAAAUGCUAUGAACAGAAAAUUCCUAAUUCAUAUAACUCCACAUUGAACUGUACUAUUCGACAUCCUGUGUUUAAAUCUGGUAAAGAGACAUUUGACGUCAUCUGGCAACUGAGUGAAGAAAGGUUUUCAGCAACUGAAGCAAUCAUUUAUUCUAGAGUUAGCAACAUGAAUGGUGUCCCUGCACCGGUGAUUCGGAAGACGACGCUCCCGGUGAAACACUUCUUAAACAUGGUUCUAACUGUGCAACCCAAUGCACAUUAUGUGAGGAUACCUCCUGAGCCAGACAACAUUAAGAAAAUUGAUUACACUUUUAAUAUCAAUGGAGAGAAUCAAUAUGACGCUGAACUUAGCUUAGAGCUGCAGAUCCCCAUUACCCUGAAAAGUAAAGUUAUUUCAGAAAUAACUUUGACUGAGAAAACCCAGGUGAGUGCAAGAAAAUAGUAUUUUGACAACUCCUACAGCAACAUAUGAAGUUUCAGUUAGAGGGCUAUAGUCAAAAAGUGAUAAGCCAUAGCCGGACUUUCUUAUUAGAAAGCCC